GAUGCAAGUGCGCUAGUCGUCUGCUGUAGAUAAGGCACCCAAACUGUCGCAGAAUCAAUAAAUAGCAACAAAGCUAGAAUCCGUGUAACCUUCCAGGUAACUGUUUUACGCUUAAGAGUUUCUGGCGUUAAGAAUGGGCUGCGCUAUAUCUGGAUUGGGUUUGAUACCCAAGCAACAGACACAACCACGGAAUGAAGAUGAUGCCGUCGCGCAUCUCGCCGACGAGCAGAUCGAAAUGAUCAAGGAAUCGUGGAAAGUUAUACAAGAGGAUAUCGCAAAAGUUGGAAUAAUCAUGUUUGUCAGGUUGUUCGAGACCCAUCCAGAGUGCAAAGAUGUCUUCUUCCUGUUCCGUGAUGUGCAGGACUUGGAGAAGUUGCGGACCAGCAAGGAGCUGCGUGCUCAUGGUCUCCGAGUAAUGUCUUUCAUCGAGAAGAGUGUGGCCAGAUUGGACGAAUUAGAUCGACUAGAUUUGCUUGCUCUCGAGCUUGGAAAAACCCAUUAUCGUUACAAUGCCCCACCAAAGUAUUAUGGGUACGUAGGAGCAGAGUUCAUUUGUGCAGUUCGGCCAAUUUUGAAAGACAAAUGGACCCCUGAACUAGAAAAGGCCUGGAAGACAUUAUUCCAAUAUGUCACUGGGCUCAUGCAGCAGGGCUACCUGGAGGAGGAAGGGGCCAAACACAACCAUGUGAUGGUGUCCACCAAAGAGCGUCCAGACAAGAGAAACACAGCCCUGUAAGCCAAACCUUGGCU